CAUAAAAUGGCCGCAAACCCUUCUCCUACAAGAGCUCCCGGCCCCUCUCUCAGAGUUUGUAGUGGAUCAAGGGUGGCAAAGAGCUCCGUGGGGAGGAUCAAGUUUUUAUAUUGGAAAAUUAAGGAGAAGAAUAGAGGGGAAAGAUGAUCGAGGGAUCGGGGUUCCAGCUCGGCGUGGUUGGAUCGCUGGCUCUCUCGGUGGCUUCAUCAGUUGCUAUCGUUAUCUGCAACAAAGCGCUUAUGAGCUCCCUCGGCUUUCCCUUUGCAACAACCUUGACAAGUUGGCACUUAAUGGUGACAUUUUGCACGCUCCAUUUGGCACAAAGGCUACGAUUUUUCGACCCGAAGGCCAUUGACGGCCGUACGAUCGUCCUCUUCGGCUUCCUUAACGGCACCUCCAUUGGCCUCCUCAACCUCAGCCUCGGCUUCAAUUCUAUUGGUUUCUACCAGAUGACGAAGCUGGCCAUCAUUCCUUUCACUGUCAUGUUGGAAACAGUUUUCCUCAACAAGAAGUUCAGCCGGAGCAUAAAGUUAUCCCUUAUCAUCCUUCUCCUUGGGGUUGGUAUUGCUUCCAUAACUGACCUUAAGCUAAAUCUCCUUGGCUCCAUCUUGUCUCUCCUCGCAAUUGCAACGACUUGCAUCGGUCAAAUUAUGACAAACACAAUACAGAAGAAACUGAAGGUUUCAUCAACCCAACUGCUUUAUCAGUCCUCACCUUACCAAGCAGCUAUACUGUUUGCCACUGGCCCCUUUGUAGACAAGUGUCUCACCAAGAAGAAUGUUUUUGCCUUCAGUUACUCCCCAGUAGUCGUGAUAUUCAUCAUAAUGUCUUGUUUGAUUGCUGUGUCAGUGAACUUCAGCACAUUCUUAGUAAUUGGGACUACAUCUCCUGUAACUUAUCAGGUGCUUGGUCACCUGAAAACCUGCCUCGUGCUCUCCUUUGGCUACACCCUCCUCCAUGAUCCCUUCACAACCAGGAACAUCAUCGGAAUUCUCGUAGCCAUCUUCGGCAUGGCGCUCUAUUCUUAUUUCUGUGUCCACGAUGGUAAAAAGAAGGUGCCACUCAACACGCUGCCUGCGUCACAGAUAAGAGAUGAAGAAUUUCCACUUCUAGUAUCCAAUGGUGGGGAGCAUCAUCAGGAUAAAGAGAACAAUGAGAACAAGAAACCUAAUGGGGUUCUCUCACCCAAUAAGAACUCUCUUGCCUAAAAUUUAUACCUUAUUGCCAUUUUUUUAAGUAAUUUUGAGGCUUUCAAAGCUUCAAUUUUUUAUAAUUUCAUGUAAUUUUUUAAUUGCUGGAUGCAAUGUAUAUGGUUUUGCUUGUUAGAAUAAUUAGCCAUUGAGAUGCCUUGUGGCUGCCAAUCAAAUCAGCAGCAGUUUGAAAUGAAAUCUACAAAUUAUGUUG